AUAGCAGCUGCUUGCGCCGACACAAUUAAAACAUUUGCGUUUCCGAUCUUAAGAACAUUUCAGCUUCCAACAGAUAGCGUAGACAUCUCUCGCGCUCGGCCGAGAAAUUUCGCCGCUGGACCUCGCCAAACAGGAUAACUUUGAAGAGCGGAAACGGGUUCGCGUACAAGACCAGAUAACGGUUUUAAAAAUAUAUAAACGUUCGCGUUUAUUAUUAUUAUUUUUAUUACUCGCCAGCGGUUCCUGGUUGACCUAAAAAAAUAUUUUCAAAGCGACUUCUGGUAGUGUCGGACUGACAAAGGAGCGAUCAUGCCCAAAGCAUUCUUAGUGAAGAAGAACAAGAGAUCACACGGCGGAACAAGUGCGUCUGAGAGAAGAUCUUUAGAGUACGAUGCACUACCUUCAUAUCGUGAAGGAAAUAGUGUUGAGCUAUCCACUUCGUCUGCGGUUUCAGACAUUAUGCAUUCAUCAUCGCUGGCCAACUCGGAUAAAGCACCGGUGUUAACUUCGUUAAGUACGCUGCUCACCUCAACGUCUAACGGAAAUGUUACCAGUAGCGCUUUCAAGCCCUUUAAAGUUGAAAAAGAAAAGGAAAACUCUCCGAAGAAGUUCAAACCGAAUCCGCCGCUUGCCGAGAACCGAGACAAAGCGGCCAAGGGAAGAGAAAGCAACGGUAACACCGGGCGCGAGGCGCUCAACGAAAAACAUACAGAUCAUGGUGGCAAAACCGCAGUGCUCGAGCACAAAGAGUUUGCCAUUUAUCAAGACAAGUACGACUUUCCGAAACCCAAAGGCCCGCUUCCGCAAUCGCAGUUUAUUUGUCAGCUCUGCCAAGAAGUCUACUCAGAUCCAUUUUCGCUUGCUCAACACAAGUGUAGCGGAAUUCAGCACACUGAAUAUCGAUGCCCAGAGUGCGACAAAGUCUUCAGCUGCCCUGCGAACCUGGCGUCGCACCGAAGAUGGCAUCGACCGCGUUCGCCGCACGAAAAGAAGCCAGCUCCUUCGCAAGUGCCAGCUACCCGAGGCGAACAGCUACCAAACAGUCCGAAAACCAGCGGUGAAGACAGCAAAAAUGGUGUCACGACCAACGCUGAAAGUGAGGUGCGAUCGACCAGUCCGAUCGGAAAUAGUCAAGGGCAAUUUGUGUGCGAAGUAUGCAACAAAACAUUCCGACGAAAAGCCUACCUAAGGAAACAUAUGAACAACCAUAAUGACGACCGACCAUAUCCAUGCCAGUACUGCGGAAAGGUUUUCCGCAGCCUGACAAAUCGCGCCAAGCACGUCCUGAAUCACGCGGUUGGCCCGAAAACAUUUAUUUGCAACGUUUGCGGUAAUGGAUUCGCCAAUAAGGGCAGUCUGGAUCGGCAUGCACGGAUCCACACAGGUGAAAUUUACUCUUGUAAACACUGCUCUAGCACAUUUUAUAGUUCGCCUGGUCUUACAAGGCACAUAAAUAAAUGCCACCCGCCCGAAAAUCGUCAGGUCAUCGUACUACAGGUUCCUGUGCGACAAGGGUGAACUCUCUCGUUUUUUCCAUGAUAAAAUAUAAACAUUUGACUGUGUAGAUUUCUUGUACAAAAAUUGUAAAAUAGUAUUAUAUUUACAAAGAGGUUAGACAAUGCCUCAGAACAGCAUUAUGAAUUUUAGAACGCAUUGUACAAAUUUUUUAAUGUAUGAGAAGGUGUAGUCGGUCGAAUUCUUAUACACACUGUAAAUUUGCGAAGAUGUAGUUUUAACUUAUAAGUAGUGCAAAUCUGUAUAAAUUUUCCUGUCCAAUUUGUUAGUUGUUUUUGUGCUCCUUGGUAGUAAGCGAGCGGUGUUUAUUCUGAGAAACGCGCAGCUGUCAUGAAGAAAUUUUCCCACUUCGCUGAUAUUAAUAUUUUGUAGAAUGUUAGCGGAUUCUUUGAAGGAAAGUGUCUAUUCAGUAAACGGAAGAAAAUAUUAAACUAGCCUUUGUUGCUC